UUUAGACAAUAACAAAAUGCCAGGCUGUCACUCUAAACAUAUUUCUGGUAGUUGUUAUGAACUUGCUCACACCUGGUCGAGUAGCUGUUCCCUCAGUGCAAUAGAUGUUUUCCUUAAUUGUUUCAAGUAUGCCCUGAGGCUUUAUGCACCACUUUAUUUUAUAUCUGGCGUGAUGACUCGGAAAAGAAAGGAAUAUUUUAUGAAGAAACUUUUAAAGGAGAUCUUACAGUCAUCGCUUUUUUUAGCAACAAACGGUGGCAUGAUGGUGGUAAUGUUUUGUACUUUCAGAAAAGUUCUUGGAAGUUUCUAUUUUUAUUCUGUUGGAUUAAUGCCUGGAAUUUUGUCAUCACUUUGUGCUAUACUGAUUGAAAGAAAAAAUCGACGUGGUGCUUUGGCGGUUUACAUGUUUAAUCAGGCAUUGGAUACCACUUUUAACAUUCUAAAGCAUGAUGGAUAUGCAAAAGAUAUACGUUACGGCGAGGUUUACCUAUUUGCAUCAACCAUGGCUCUUCUAAUGUACAUGUAUAGAUCAAAUAACCUGCCUGAUGGUUUUAUAAAAGUCCUUUUUGAUUCUGGUUUGCGAGAUCGCCCUAGACAUGAUAUGUAUGAGAGUCCAGGUUAUGGUUACGCCCACAUGGUACAUUGCUGCAAACUCUCUGGCCAAGCAUUUUUAGGUGGAUUUGGUCUUCAGGCUGCUUACAAUUUACUGUCAGUUCUACCAAAAUCAUUAAAGAAUCCAGAAAAACUGAUAUUUGCCCUUUUGGAAAAAAGAAAUUUUCGAACUGGUGCAUUCUUAGGAAGUUUUGUUGGUAUAUAUAAAUUAAUGGAGGUGUUACUUAGUAAAUAUCCAAAAUCCAAUCGACAUGUAAAUGCAGCAUUGGCUGGUGGCGUCGCUGGGCUGUCCAUGUUCUUUCAACGAAGUUCAUACAUUGCAACAUACCUAGCGUCCAAAACUAUUGAGCUGUAUUAUAUGAACGGAAUCCACAAGGGCGUAUUCCCCUACAUCAAACAUUUUGAUUCAUUUUUAUAUGCAAUAUGUACAGGCAUCAUGUUUCACGCUGCUGUAGUCCAACCAUUAUUCUUACGCAAUACCUACUGGUCCUUUCUUUUGAAACUUACAGGAAAGAGGUUCGACGCAAUUAAUCGUUUUAAAUUGGAUGUCUGGGGACUGGACAGCAGCAAAAUAGAUAGAUUAGCAGCUCAAAAGAAGUCAUUGUAAACGUACGUCAUAUCGCGAGUGAGUUUUCGCGAGUUCAAAGUUUUAUGCAAGACUAAUUUUCUCGAAAUUGUGGAGGUAAGCCAGGUUUAGAAGAUUCUUUCUUGUUAAAGCCAUGCGAUAAUCAAUUUGUAAUUAGCGUCCUUUGUUUAUGUUUUCGUAUAUCUUUAUGCUAUUCAAAUUUUCAGCGUUUUUUUAAUCGUAUAAAUCGUUUUUUAAAUUCUUUUAAGCAAAUUAUCCUCGCCUCUUUACCAAAUCUUUCGUAAAAUAAUAUUUUGAGUUUUUUUACUGCAUAGAAAUUAAAGUAUAUAUGUAUAUUUAUGCAUCUAUAUAAACACAUGAUAAUUUGUUUUUAUAGUAAUCUAAAUUUUGAUAUUCAAAUUCCCCAACGUAUUUAGCGUUUUUUAGAGGGUAUUCAAAGAUUUGUUAGCUAUUCAACAUACUCUUCAAAACUCCUGUAUCAUAUCAUUAUGAUAUGACUUCAAAUUUUUCGUAGGUAAAUAUAGGCGGAUAUACAACGUUUUUGUUUAAAUAUUUUGAUAAUCAGAUGUAUAGUAAGAUCUGUUUAAUUGAAGAACAUAUAGAAGUUAAAUUUAAAACAA